AUGUCUACUAUAAAGCAAUGGUUCCAAGCUAUCAAAAGCAAUGACCUAGAGUUCGUGGAGGCGCACUUGCAUGAGUACUCAAAGACUACAGACUCUAACUACCCCUAUUACACCGGCCUAAUGCAAGCAACUGCGGCUGGGCACAUGCGAAUGGUACGGCUACUCCUUGACAGUGAAGCGCGGACUACAACAAGAACUGGCUGGACAGCACUCAUGACAGCCGCAGAAACCAAUCAGGUUGCGUUGGUAAGACUUCUUGUCGUGCACGAGAAGGGAAUGCAGACAAUACGGCCCACAAACCAUUACAGGGUCGGGACUACUGCACUACUUGUGGCAGCCACCAAGGGGCACCUAGAGGUCGUCAAGAUAUUGUAUGAGCAUGAGGCCAAGGUUAGCAACUGGAACCCUCUUUUUCUUGCCGCACUCACCCAUAACAGUAAGGAUGCCCGUGAACAUCUUUCUGCCGCAGCCACACGUGUUGACACGUACAAUCGAACGCCUCUCAUGUACUGCGUUAUGCAUCUAGCUCUGGGGCCGUCUGCACCCGCCAAUGAUGCACUAGAGUUAACACGGAUAAUAGAGCUGUUAGGUCCCCUGAACGAGGGUGCAACUGAUUACCAUGGAAAGACUGCGUUGAUUUACGCCACAGAAGCUAAUAACGGCUUGGCUGUGGAAGCCUUACUUAACUAUACAACAAAGGAAGCCGGCUGCAAGACAGUCUCAGUGGACGGAAAGACGGCCCUCAUGAUAGCUGCAGAGAAGGGCUAUACAAAGGUAUGCUCCCUCCUGGUGGAGAGCGAAAAGCGCAUGAUGACGAGCAAGGGGCUUACUGCCCUGAUGUAUGCGGCUGUAAAUGGCCACACAGAGAUUGUACAGCUUUUGGCGCCUCUAGAGGCGGACAUGCACAUCGUCGAAGAUGUUCCUCCAUUUACAGCGGGCAUGAGAGCGAUUGACAUGGCCAAGGCAAGCAGCUUCCAGAGUAUCGUCGAAGUCCUUCGCACUGCAGACGAAAAUCUGCAGCUGCCCCAAUCCGAUGCUCCAUCAAUUAACCUCGAGCGAGUGUAUGAAGCUGAGGACUAUUCUCGCGCAUCAGAGAUGGAUAAUCUUCUCUCAGUGAAGAAGCGACACGAAUUCUCCGUCCUUCGUAACCCGGUGGUGUAUCCAAAAGCCUGUAUUCCACAAGAUAUGAUAACUGUCUGGUCACCAUCCCUUUCAUGCAUCCAGUCCAACAGGCUAGCAGGUUCCCUCGGUAGGAGCGAUCUAAACAACGAGCCAGAAGGCAAGCCAGUAUCUGGAUCGUUUCUAGUAUCAAAUAUAGACCCACUGCAGUUAUCUGAUACUGCGCAGACACAUAAUGAACCAUUUACCUCGGCUUCCAUACAGACUUAUAGCAUCUUAAACAAACUCAACGGAGCAGUGCCCUCACGCAUGCUCAAUGCAUCAGAGGGGUUACUUACAAACAGACCGUUCGCAGCGCAUAUAGAGGGCUCCACUGCAAGUGAGUCUAGAAUCAAUAGUAAUGAAGACAAAGAUAGAGACGAGCUAGGGAAAUUCUUGACACGGAAGAGACAAGGUACGAGUGCCGACGCAGUGCACAAUACAGCCUAUGGCGCAGCAAUGUAUGAGAAUACAUCUUCCCAGUCUAACAACAGUAUUCCUUUGCAGGCAUCUGCGGCAGAGGUAACCUUCAUCGAGCCGCCCGUGAUACCGUCAACAAGCAGUAUAUUCUCCAAGAGAGAGGUGCCCCGCGCUGUGGAGAUGCCAAGAGAUGCUCCUUCUCAGGACAGUAGGCAAGGAAAUGAGGUCAUACGGGUAGGAUCAGUCAUGGGAUUGCCAAUGGAUGACACUGUAUCGCAGAUAGCAGAGCAGCUGAAAACAACAAAACAGCUGCUCAACAAUUACGCUGCAGAUAACAUGAAACUACUGGAGACAAUCAGUGAGCUACGGGCAGAGCUUCAACAGGAGGAAGAUGACAAGCAGGUGUUGUUGGACAAACUUGCCGUCCUCAAGUCUAAGGAGACCACAAUGCAGACUGCGACCAGCACAGCCACCAUGCAACGAGAAGAAUAUGAGAAGCGUUAUACCGAACUUAAAAAGAGCAAUGCAGAGGUAGAGCUAAAGGCAGCUCAGUAUUACACAGAAAACAUAGAGCUUAAGAGCGAGUUAGAAGAGUUCAAAAGACAGGUGGAUGCUCUCUUACGAGAAAACAACGAACUGAAAAGAAAGGUAGACCGUUUUGACUCGUCGGUACGUGACACACGUCAAGGGGCCACGUCGGAUCCUCUUUCCCGCUCUGCUCUUACAACAUCAGUAGGCUGCUGCGGAGAAAGUGUAGAAAACAGACAUUUGGCGGCCGAUAUAAAGGACCUGAAGGAUGAGCUUGCCCAAUUAACAAUCAAACGUGAAAAUCUUAUGAGUACAGCCGAUGGCUUGAGCAGUGGAAAAGAUAGUGUUACAGAUGGCUCAAGCUCAUCUACAAUGCAUGAGAUCAUUGAGGAUAUCAUGGUGGAUCACCACCAACUGGCCAUGUUCAUGCCCAAAUACAACAAAUACAUACAUCUCAGCACCCUCUCGCCCACCGUGCGUCAGUUCCUCAUUAAUAACAAGUUUCUUUUGAAUGAUCUGGUGGUUGAGCGGCAGGAGAACGAGCGUAUGACAGACUACACUAUAUAUCUCAGAGAAGAGGUGAACGCACUGAAGGAGCGCGUUGGAAGGUACGAAACAUCACUGAUGAACAGAGGAGCUAAAUGA